ACCCGGCGCGCGGGCGACGGCGCACGGGCGCGCGCCAGCGGACCCGCUCCCGGAGCCCGCGAGACCGCCGUGCGCUACCCCGCGGGCCCCGAGCGCGCGCGCCUGACAAGCCCCUGCCGGGCCGGCGCGCGGCGUCGCCAGGCCGGCGAUGGCCCCCGAGACCCCGGCCGAGGGGCCCAGCCCGCGCUACUUCACCUGGGACGAGGUGGCACUGCACUCCGGACGCGAGAAGGAGCGGUGGCUCGUGAUCGACCGGAAGGUGUACAACAUCAGCGAGUUCGUCCGCCGGCACCCGGGGGGCUCCCGGGUCAUCAGCCACUACGCCGGGCAGGAUGCCACGGAUCCCUUUGUGGCAUUCCACAUCGACAAGGGCCUUGUGAGGAAAUACAUGAACUCUCUCCUCAUUGGGGAACUUUCUCCGGAGCAGCCCAGCUUUGAGCCCACCAAGAACAAAGAGCUGACUGAUGAGUUCCGGGAGCUGCGGGCCACAGUGGAGCGGAUGGGGCUCAUGAAGACCAACCACAUCUUCUUCCUGCUGUACCUGCUGCACAUCCUGCUGCUGGAUGUUGCUGCCUGGCUCACUCUUUGGGUCUUUGGGACGUCCUUAGUGCCCUUCCUCCUCUCUGCAGUGCUGCUCAGUGUGGUUCAGGCCCAGGCUGGUUGGCUACAGCAUGACUUUGGGCACCUGUCCGUCUUCAGCACUUCCACGUGGAACCACUUGCUGCAUCAUUUUGUGAUUGGCCACCUGAAGGGCGCCCCUGCCAGUUGGUGGAACCACAUGCACUUCCAGCACCACGCCAAGCCCAACUGCUUUCGCAAAGACCCAGAUAUCAACAUGCAUCCCUUCUUCUUUGCCUUGGGGAAGAUCCUCUCAGUGGAGCUUGGGAAACAGAAGAAAAAGUACAUGCCAUACAACCAUCAGCACAAGUACUUCUUCCUGAUUGGGCCCCCAGCCUUGCUGCCUCUCUACUUCCAGUGGUAUAUUUUCUAUUUUGUUUUCCAGCGGAAGAAGUGGGUGGACUUGGCCUGGAUGGUCACCUUCUACGUCCGCAUCUUCCUCACAUACGUGCCGCUGUUGGGGCUGAAAGGCUUCCUGGGCCUUUUCCUCAUUGUCAGGUUCCUGGAGAGCAACUGGUUUGUGUGGGUGACACAGAUGAACCACAUCCCCAUGCACAUUGAUCAUGACCAGAACAAGGACUGGGUUUCCACCCAGCUCCAGGCCACGUGCAACGUCCACAAGUCCUUCUUCAACGACUGGUUCAGUGGGCACCUCAACUUCCAGAUCGAGCACCAUCUCUUCCCCACGAUGCCCCGGCACAACUACCACAAAGUGGCGCCCCUGGUGCAGUCCUUGUGUGCCAAGCACGGCAUAGAGUACCAGUCCAAGCCCCUGCUCUCAGCCUUUGCCGACAUUGUCCACUCUCUGAAGGAGUCGGGGCAGCUCUGGCUGGACGCCUAUCUUCACCAAUAAACACCAGCUCCCCCUCCCGUCGGGAAGAAAAGAGGAGGACCCUGGAGCCAAUGCCAGGGAGCUUAAGGGACAAUGCCACUAACAGUUCUCAUAUUCAGAGGGGGUGGGUUUGGGGACAGAAAGGCUCAUACUCUUCCCCUUCAUCUUCUAGGUGUAAAGGCCCAAGCAGGGGUCCGGGGAGACGUGAGCCCCCAGGAGGAAGGAAGGUGCUGCUGGGGCAGGGGAAUGAGUUUUGUUUCCUUUCUCUAGCUUGAUGGAUGCAGGAUGCUUGGUGAGCAAAAGGUAACCAGGAGGUCAUUAAAAAGGGGAGAGACUUAACACUAAAAUUCCACUCAGAUUAAGGGGAACUCACCUUACUGGCCCACUUCUCAGCAGCCUUCCCGGGCUCCAGGCAGUGCCUGGAGUGCAGCCCCAGGGGUACGACCUGUGUCCGUCCCAGGCCGCUGGGAAAAGCCUUGUUUGUUUCCCAAGUGGCCCAGAAGGUCUCUAGCACCACGGAUUGUGGUCUCAUGUUCCACCCAGAGUCUGAAGGGAAUAUCAGGCCCUACCUCCCUGUGGUUUCCUUUUGCCUCCCAACCUGUAAUCUGAAGUUUAAGAAAGUGAUUAUUAGCACAAGUGACCAAAUUGGGAGAUAGGUGUUACCAGCCAAGAGGAAGGACACGAGUUCAGGCAAAGUACAAGGCUAUGAGCAGGAACUCUAACCUAGACAGCACUGCCUUGGAGCAGCAGCAGUGGCUUGGAGACGAUUGCUUCACAGUUCUAAAUCCAGAUAGGAAGAUUCAAGUUUGUCGUCGUUGCUGUAGUUACGCUUCUUACUCUGUCCUGUCUUGUUUGGGUAUCUUACGCUCCUGGAGACCAGAUAGGAAUUUAGGAUAAAUUCUUAAAAUGCAUAUCAGUCUAACGGAAACAAUUUUCUAACCUCAUGGUUCUGAAGAGUUUCCUGCAUCUCUUCAGAGAGCAAACAUAGGAAUAAGGCCUGGGGAUCUUGUCUGAAGUCCCAGGGCCUAGCAUUACCACUCACUGUCUCUCUUCCCUCCCCACACCCAGCCUUCUGGUCCAGGUGAGGGGAUGAUUUACUCUAAGCAUGUCAGCCAUUUUGGAUACUGGGAGAAGAGAACAUUGACUAAAAGGAAAAGCACUUAGUUUUAGGAGGGAAUGGCAGGUCCAGAUGAGGGUCCUAAGAUAAUGCUGGGCUAGGGUUCAACGUGUCACCUGCGGCAAGGCUAUUAGGAAUGCUUAGAGUUUGUCAGGGCUGGAAAGAGGGAAAACAGUUGGGGGAGAACAGGUUGCAGAGUUCAGAUCUUUCCCAUUAGGACAGGUUGUGCCCGGCUGGAGAACUGGUUUAACAAGGCCUGAGUAUAAAAAUGAGAAGCAGAAUUGAAGAGUUCUGCGUUAGCUUCCUCACUACAGAACAGGUGCUGAUCCCACCCCAUUCCUGUUCCCUGCCACCUAGGUAUAGAUGUGGCAUCACCAGCUUGCCAAGCCAGCUGGCUUUGGGCCCAGGCUACGCAGUCUGAGCAAACACCAGUGAGGCUCUAUUGUGCCAAGCCCACGUCCUCAAAGUACCUGAACCACUGUGGCCUUCUCCCCUCAGCCCAUACCUAUGUGGUCUCCAACAUGGCCACAGCUGGACACAUCAGAGUGUUAGAAUGGUAAGAUCUUUCUCAUUUCUGCUGACAGAGGAGAAAAUAAGCUUAGAAGAAAAGCCACCUCCGUCACAUAGAUCGUGGCACCUCGUUCAAUGUUUUUUUUAAAACUCCAACAUCUGUUUACUUUUGUUACUCAUCUUUCUACUACCUGGCCAAGGUAUUUUCUUUAAUCAGGCCUGUUUCCAGUAUCCCUUUGGUGUGCCAGUUUUGUUACCAAUUCCCAAUGAAGUAAAGCUGUACAAUAAAGUUAAUUUUGACCAAAUGAA